GCGACUGUCCCUUACACUGUUAUUAAUAAUUACUCACAGAAGUGAGUAAUUUAGAAAUGCCGAAGAUCACUCCUUAAAUAGAUAUACUGAAAAUAUCAGGGUGGUGCCUAAACAGACUGGAUAGAAAACAAAAAUUAAUAUUUACUUAGUUUAAAAAUAUUGAUAUUUCUAAUUAUCUAGGUACAUAUAGUUUCACACUACUAAUUUUAACUAUUAAUUUAAUACUAUUAAACAGUUUUUUAUUUCCCAUCGGUGUCCGUUACUAUUAACAAUAUAAACCCGAUAAAUUGCGAAUAAAAGUGGACGUUGAAUGUUUGUAAAAUCAACGCGAAGGGAAGCGUGGCCGGUUGUUUAGUCGGAUGCACGAUUUUGGUGAAAGCACUUGGGUGAGAACCAAAGCUAUAAUGAUAAGAGAUGAAGUGUUUUACGUAAUAUAAACAAACUCCCCGCAUAAAGUGGAGAGAUUUUGACCUUGUUUUAUAAGGGACAGUCGUUUAGUGAACUUUGUCUUGAGAACACGUCUUUUCAUUCUAGCAUUUUCACGAAAUUAUCUUACAGUUCAGUGCAGUGCAGUGCAAAAAACACAAAAGUGAAUUUGACUUUAUUUGUGUGGCGAGACUUAUUCAAGCAAAUAUGCCAAAAUACAACACCAAUUUAACUCCUGGCAAUGGACGCAAGCAAAGUUACGUCAGAGAAUGAAAAAAAUUCGUGAUAGCAAAAGGACAAGGCAGUUACUUUGUGGCGAAAAUGUAACUCCCAGACCGAUAAACGUGGCUACAGAAGAAAUAAACAUUCCAAGUACUACUAGUAGUGCUUCACCACCACACCAGGAUGUACGAGAAGAAGUUGCAGCUAGUAGUAGUAGUAGUAGUGCUACACCACUACCUUUUAGAGAUGACGUACGAGUCGAAGUUGCGUCAACAAGCUCCACGUAUUUGCAGAUAGAAGAUGGUGUUCCAAAACAGCGAGAAAGUUUACAUACCCCCACCCUACUGCAAGGACCUCAAAAAAAGUUACAAUUCAAAGUGAAAAAUUUUUUCAAUGACAUUAUAAACUUUAAACAUGUAGACAUCUUCAAUUGUAGAAAUGAGAAUUUAGAAAUAGUGAGUGAAUAUCGUCAGGGAUUUCGAAGUGUUGAAUGCGGUUUAUUCGUUGAUGCUGAAAAUCCCUAUUUGGCAGCUACACCUGAUGGUCUAAUAGGAGAUAACGGCAUUAUUGAGGUGAAGUGUCCUUAUUCAGCAGCUAAAACGACACCUAUAGACGCCAUCCAAAAACAAAUUAUUAAAUUUGCAGAACUUCGGGAAGGACGUAUGUUUUUAAAACGUAGCAGCAAUUACUUUUAUCAAGUACAAGGGCAGCUCCAUAUAACACAACGUCGUUAUUGUAUUUUUAUUGUUUGGGGACACCUAUUGGAAUUGAGUCUGAAAUUAUAUUUCGAGAUGACAACUUCUGGGACCAAAAAAUGUGUAAGCAUCUAGAGAAGUUUUAUUUCAAAUGUUUGUUACCAGAAAUCAUCAAUCAGCAACAUAUUAACAAAAGACGUAUUAAGGAUCUUAGAAGAUGAGAAAAUAUUUAUAAGUAUUUGUUCUGUUAUAAAUCUAUUGAUACCUUAUGAAAUUUAUUUUUUCUGUAUCUGAUAUUUUGUUGUUUAAGAUACCUAAUAUAUUUUAGAACCGCAUCCUCUAUUAAUGGAGUAAUAUCCCAUACAUUAUUGUUCACGUAAUUGCGUAUGCUGAACAAUAUUUUUUCCGACCAUGCAAUUUACAGUGUAGCAGACUCCGCCCCGAUAAUAAACACUUAUACCGAUACUAAUGAAAAUUGGGCUCAACGCCUGUGACUAGGCAACCUUCUUUACAUAAACAUCCGUUCGUAGGGGUUAAAUUGUGACCUCAUUGUUCAACAUUUUAUGUUUUUCAGUUGAUGACUGCAAAGUUUCAAUUCACUCCGAAGCAGUGUUUUUAUGUACAUUCUUUUACAUUUCAGUGAUGUGCGCGCUCAUAUUUGAGACAUACUGUGCGGUGGUUUGUAAAUCUGUUUUUUUUUGUUUUUUGCUAAUCGGUCUUUGCUUCGGCAUAGAGCAUUGUUUUCGCUGCAAUAUGCAAGUGUUUUUUUUAAUUUGGUUAAAUACUUUAGCCACAAUAUUACCUCGCGCAUAUGGCAUUUUCGGACAGCUAACAUUACAUCCUUUUAAUUUGAAAUUUAGCAAAAUUUCUACACUACAUUCAUCGUUUAUGAAGUGGUAUUUCAUAUUAAACGUUGUUUUUUUUUCACACGAUUAUCGAAGAGCGGCGGCUAAAUACAUAAAUUCUCAGCAGAAAGUGCAUUUUUCAAAGUGGUAAUAAUAAAAUUUAUCAGUUUAGUUCAAUAUUGUUUUAGAACUAACUAAAUUUAUUGACCAUUGUUGGAAAAUAAUUGUUUAAUUUAGAGUGGAUGUUACGUGUCAAGUUGAGGCAGUAUAUAAAACCGAUUUUUAAUAAUACUUGAUAGUCGUAAUAGAUCGUAAUUGCUAGUUAACAAGAAAAUAUGCAGAUUUUCCCAAUUCUUUUGGUAGUCUCUUUUUACUGCCUCUUUAUGGUAGGGGAUGCUCACGCACAAGCUUCUGGGAUCGGUAAGAUUCAAAAAUUUUGUUUAGUAUAUUAUAAAUUAAUUGGAAGAGCAAGAACAAAUGUUUUGUAUUCGUGUAAUAAGCUGAUGUGACUAAGGUUUGAAUUAUGAAUAAAAUACUACUUUAAAUUGAUUGAAAAAGAGACGAAUCAUACAAAUCAUCCGAAGGAUUUUCCUUCGUUCUUAUAGCUACCCUUAGAAUCGGCUAUAAAUAAAGAAUAGUUAUAUAGUCAUUAUGUACAGGAGAUUCCUGAUUACGUUAUUUUUUAGUUCAUUUGUAAUGGCAAAUAAAACACUAAACUUUCUUCUUAUUCACCUUUACUACAUCAUUAAACUAUAAACCAAUAAGUAGUGGACUGUAUUUACUGUUUAACUAAAUUGUACAUUGAAACUAAAACAUUUAUAUACUCUUGCUAAUUGACAUCAACCAAAAUACAUAAAAUAUAAAUAUUAUUAUAAGAUAGUAGCGCAAUAAUAAUCACACGCACACUACCAAGGCCAAAAAGCAAGUGUUACAUUUCUUUUUCUAUUUAUCUUACGGCCCAGCGUUGGUCGACUAGACAAAAAAAAGGUCUAAAAAUAGAAACCAUAAUACGGCUUGUUGCCACGGUAACAAAAUUCAGUAUAUACGGCGAACAGAUUCAUAACACGAAAGAAAUAUACAUAUAUACGAGGUGCGUUCACAACACAUUCUUUUUGCAUCGAAAACUAUCAAUCUGACCUAACCUAACCUACCUCUCAUCUAAAAUGAUAUUUCUUUUUUAAUUGUUCUACCUUAGCCCAUGUUAGUAAAUUUUCAAACGGAUUUUUCCAGUCGCUGUGGAACAGAAAUAAUUAACUUUAAAUGUAUGAACUCGCAAGUUUUCAUUGCAAAUUUUAAUUUUCUUGAAUCCAUUACGCUAGAAUUAUUAUUUUUUGAUUAAAUUAAUAUUUGAGAAUAAUUUUUUUCCCAUUAAACAGAAAUGUUUGUUUUGUGCUAUAUUUAUAUAUAAGGUUAUUAUGAAUUAUUUUCAUCAGAACCUUCUACUAUCAUUUCAGAAAGCGAAGAAAAGGUUAGACAACUACCCAGCGAUACCCAAGAAACAAAAAGUAAUGACGAGGGACCUACUAAAUUAGGAAAAAAUAUUGUUGAUAUACCAAAUAAGUGCAAAGAAGGAUAUAAGAGAGAUGAAAAUGGAGAGUGUCAAGAAAUAUUUGAUUAAUCAAACAUAAUCAAAUUUGUGUUGAAAAUAAACGCUGCAAAUUA